CGAGAACGGAAGCUAGCUUCACACCGUCACACGCCUCCUCCCCUACGACACCGGUGAGCGGCGAUGGGCAAGCGGAAGCAGCGCGGCGGCGGGGGAGCAGCCACGGAAGGCGACGCGGCCGCCGGAGGCCACAGCCCCUCCACCGUGUUCGUCUCCAACCUGCCGUACACCUUCAAGUCCGCCGACCUCGAGGCGGUGUUCAGCGAGGUCGGGCCGGUAAGGCGCUGCUUCGUGGUCGCGGCGAAAGGGUCAGAGACGAGCCGAGGCUUUGGGUUUGUGCAAUUUGCAACUGUUCAAGAUGCUGAGCGGUCUAUUCAGCAAAAGGAUGGAUUCUCUGUUGCUGGUAGAAAAAUUAGAGUUAAGCUAGCAAUGCAUCGUGCUCCACUGAAGGAACGUUUACAGAAGAAGGGAAAUGACAAGGAUGCUGACAUAACAAAUGAAGCCAAGGAUGCCGAUGUAACAAAUGAAGCCAAGGAUGCCGAUGUAACAAAUGAAGCUUCUACUGCAAAACAUAAGGAGACCUCUCAUAAAGCAGAUACAGAGCCACCACAGUUGUUGAAAAAGGAUACAAUAUCAAAGGAAGUUAGUGUUUCCAAUACUGUUAAGGUGAAAAGCUCAGAAAAACAAAGGGUUGCAAAAACUGUGAUAUUUGGUGGUCUUCGAGACUUUGCUAUGGCAAGUGAAGUUUUUCGUCUAGCUGGAGAGAUUGGCACAGUUAUAUCUGUUAACUAUCCACUUCCUAAAGAGGAGAUGGAGCUCCAUGGGCUUGAACGAGAUGGAUGCACAACAGAUACAGCAGCUGUACUAUUUGCUAGUGUGAAAUCAGCUUGGGAUUCAGUUGUUCACUUGCACCGUAAGGAGGUCAAGGGCAUAGCUGUUUGGGCUCGUCAACUUGGUGGGGAGGGAUCAAAGAUCAGAAAAUGGAGAGUGAUAGUCCGAAAUCUGCCAUUCAAGAUCACAGUAAAGGAGAUCCUGGAUAUGUUCAGUUUAGCAGGAUUUGUAUGGGAUGUGUCCAUUCCACAGAAGUCUGAUGAUGGGACAUCAAAAGGCUUUGCUUUUGUAUCUUUCACACGCAAGCAGGAUGCAGAAAAUGCUAUAAAAAAUGUUAACGGAAAAGUAGUUGCAAAGAGAACUGUGGCUGUUGAUUGGGCUGUCCCAAAGAAAGUAUACACUGUUGCUGCAAAAUCCAGUGCUAAGGAUGAUGAGCUGGCAAAUGUAUCUGACAUAGGGGAAUCUGAAGAUAAUCUUGUUGGAGAAGAUGAUAGCUAUGAACUUGAUCAGGAGACUUCCAGUCAUCCUGCUGCUGAUGAUUUCAAAACUGAAAUGGAUAUUUCAAGAAAGGUUCUUGAAGAUUUGAUCAAGUCAUCUGAGAAGGCUGUACCAUCUGGCAAUGAGGGUUCUGAUAUUGAUACAGAUACAGAAACAGAGCAAGAUACAUCCGAAAAGAAACAGAAGCAGGCCCAUUUACCUGCGUCUGUACCUGCAGCUGACAAGUUAAAGAAUUCUAAGCGUGUGGCAGAGGAGAAAAAUACCCUUCCUGCCUCAAAAUUCAACAAACAAGACGCUGCCCUGGAUAGGACAAUAUUCAUAAGCAACCUUCCGUUUGAUCUAAGUAACGAGGAAGUAACAGAGCGCUUCUCAGCAUUUGGGAAGGUCGAAUCUUUCUUCCCAGUUCUUCACAAACUCACAAAGAGACCUAGAGGAACUGGUUUUCUGAAGUUUUCUACAGUAGAGGCAGCUGAUGCGGCAGUUUCUGCUGCCAAUGCUGCUCCUGGAUUGGGAAUUUUUAUAAAGAGCAGGGCUCUUAAGAUAAUGAAAGCGCUAGACAAGGAGUCAGCUAACAAAAAGGAACUGGAGAAGGCAAAGAAUGAGGUGGAGGAUCGACGCAACCUAUACUUGACUAAGGAAGGUGAAAUACUUGCUGGGACACCAGCUGCAGAAGGUGUAUCCGAUGCUGACAUGAACAAACGUAGUUGGCUAGCUAGAAGAAAAGCAGAAAUGCUACAGUCUCCAAAAUUUCAUGUGUCCAGAACAAGGCUUAUCAUCUACAACCUGCCAAAGACUAUGAAUAUUAAUGACGUAAAGAAGCUUUGUAGAGAAGCAGUUAUUUCUCGUGCUCGCAAGCAAAAUCCCACCAUCCGCAAGGUAAAUAUCCUGAAAAAUGAAAAGAAGAGCAACAGUAAUGCACAGAAGCAUUCCCGUGGUGUAGCCUUUGUUGAUUUUCAAGAACAUGAGCAUGCUCUUGUGGCUCUAAGGGUCCUAAACAAUAACCCUGAAACUUUUGGUGCAGAACGCCGUCCAAUUGUGGAGUUUGCACUUGAGGAUGUUGAGAAAGUGAGACUCCAGAAAAUUUGGAAGGAGCGCCGUGAUAAGUUGCGAGAAGCUGCACAAGAUAAGGUGAAGCCUCUAGGAGAUCAUCCUGCUACUGAUGGCCCUCAAGCGAAUGACACAAGGGCUUUCAACAAAGGGAACAAAAGAAAAUCACAUGAUAGAUCAUCUAAGUUAUCGUACUCUUGUGAAGGGACAGCUGGAGAUGGUGGCAGUGGCACUGUGGAAAGUAUGGUUGAAGAUAAAAGAAAAGCUCAAAGGCCUGCAAAAAGAGCACGAAAAUCACACAAGGGAACCACAGUGUUGGAUGGAGAUAGACAAGGUGCAACACCAACCGCUGAUGGGAAUCAAUCGCAGUCAAAUAAACUUAAUCAGGCAGACACCCCGAGGACGAGGAAGAACAGAAAAAGUAGUCAUUGGGAACAAAGGAGAGGAAAGUCCCCAAAGACAAAGAAAGAGCCCUCUGGGGAAGGAGGUGUGGAUAAAUCGCUGGUGGAGCAAUAUCGUUCCAAGUUUUUGCAAGGUUUGAACAAAACUAAAGGAUAAUUAAGUGUGACCGUCGUGGGGAGAACAACAUGGUGAUCCGGGCCAGCUUGUCAAAAGGCUAAAAGGUUUCCUGAGAACUUUCCACAAACUUUGCAGCACCCAUGGUGUGCCAAAAUUUUGCUUGCGGCAGUUAGAUUGUUUCCUCCCACUCAUGUCAAUCUUUAUACUAUCCUCGCCAUUAAUGUCUUUCUUCUCCUUGUAUUCUGAAGUUCACUACAUGUAUUGGAGGGGCAACGAAUGAUUUUUUGCACUGAUCUUUUUAAACACCGCGUUUUGGCUGUCUAAA